AUGACUGAUGUCGCACAUUCUGUGAGUCUGGACCAACGUCUCGAUUGUCCUCACGAUCCAGUUUCCUUUCCUCAAUAUUCAAAUAUUCCUACGCCUGCUACUUUCGCUGUCAUUACGCCAAGUUUUUUUUCGGCUAAUCAACAAAUUUUAGAUUCAAGUUUGGUACCAUUUGGCGGUUUCGAUUUAUCAUCAGGUGAACCAUCAUCAUUUGAAGCUAUUCGACCUUCAAUUUCUGUUAAUCUUUUCGAACCGCAAAAUUGGCAUGCCAUUCUCGCUGUUAUGAACUUUCAACUUCAACCUCAACAACAAUCAGACCAAGAUCUUUCUCACUCACCUCAACAACAUUCGCGACAUUUUAACGAUAUGGCUACUUAUCAUCAAUAUUCUUCUGUAGACGUACCAACAAUGUUACAACCUCCUGCUACUCCUCCUUUUGUUGAACCAUCAGCAAAUUAUUUUGCUGUACCAACUACGACUACUUCAAAUUUACCUUUACAAUCUUCGCCUUACUUUACUAAUUCGACAUUAUCUGCAACUUUACCGACUGCAAAUAAUAAUAUUAAUAACGUUCAAAAUUCGACUCAAAAUAAUGUGACUGCUGUAACUGCGAAUAACGCUUCCAUUUCUCCACAAAGAACUAUUGGAAUGAAUUCACAAUUACUUACUACAACCAAUAGUUAUGGACAAGGAACUCAAACAAAUACAGAUUAUAAUAAUAAUAAUUUUAUUUCUCAAAGAACGAUUUAUAAUGGAGCAAUACCUUCAACUAUUCAUCAAAAAACAAUUCCGCGGACGAUCAAUACAAAUCUUCAUCAAAGUCCAACUAAUACAUAUUCACGACCAAAUUCAGCUACAACAUCACCAAUAAAUAGUUCUAUUGCACCACCAUUAUUUGCUCAAACAAUUGCUCAAACAUUGAAUACAGACGGUCAUGGAAAUAAUACUACUAUGCAUUUACCAAUGUUUGAAUCAAAUAAUAAUUUAACAGCAUGGACGACAACGACAAAAACUCCUACUACAAUUACUAUUCCAACAACGCACUCUGAUAAUUCGUCCAAAUCUACUUCACCAACUACACCGACUUAUUCAUAUAGUGGUCCUCCAAAGAGUUAUUAUUCUCGUUUACCUCUUUAUGAUAGACCGUUUAAAUGUGAUCAAUGUCCGCAAAAUGCACUUAAACGACAUAUUCUCGUUAAAGGAUGUAAUAAUAAUUCAGUGAGUAAGAGCGAGUCUUUAUCAACAACAAACGCUACCGGAAAUAGUCAAAUGAUUACCGUUGGAGAGUCUUUAUCAAAUUCAAGACAAAAAUAUGAUACAUCACCAAUAGAAAAUUAUGUUGAUAACAGAAUUCCUUAA